CAUGGUACAGUCCACAACACGUCAUCCAUUGUUUACAAAUCAACUCGGGUUGUUGGUUAGUACCGAGCGGCGUGGUGAGAGCGAGGAGCACCCCGGCGGCUCUCAUUCACACCGACACAAACAGAAACACUCUGAAAUAUAAACUCCCAGUACACCGAUUCAAUAUCCGCCAUCAUGCCGUGUCGGAAGGAGAACUACAUCUUUCUGGAACAGUCCGUCACCGUCGGCUCCAAAGAAGUGGACGCGCUGGUGACGAAAAUCGGCGAGGCGCUGCAGCUCCACAACAAUAGCGGCGGCCACCAGAAGACUGUGUCCGUGUCCAUGUCCUGCCUGCACGGGCUCACCGGCAGCAGCACCGGCGGGGUCAAACCGGCGGCCAUCAUCAGCGGCAGCGCGGGAGCUCCGGCGCAGAAACACGGCUGCUGCAUGCGGCUCCGGAACCGGGGACACCGGGGGAGCAGCAGGGCAAGCCCGUAUAACAUCCCUGGGUCUAACGGCGACCAGGACUGGGACCAAAUCAAACCGUGGAACAAAAAGAGGAUCAACGUGGAGGAUGACGAUCCGCACCGGCUGCUGCAGGAGUUAAUUUUAUCGGGGAACCUGAUUAAAGAGGCCGUGAGGAGGCUUCAGUUCUCCGCCGCAGACUGUGGAGAUUUCCCCAGCGGCGGACAAUGUGCCGUGCUGAUAACGUAACGGACGAACCGGGGACGGGGUGUCCACCGCAGCGUGUGUCCCCCUCUCCUGGACGGACACAAAGACUGUUUAGAAUUAAAUUUCACAGGACUGGUAGCUAUGUUUUCUAAUUUCACCCAUUUUCAUCGAUUUUGUGUGUAACGUUUGUUACGCUAUGUCGGCUAGCAGAUAGCCUAACUUAGCUAGCUCGCUAGCCACCGGCUAAUGAGCCGUGUUGUUUAUGUUUGAAUGUCUCCUUGUGGCUCAGGCGCUCGGGGUGCAGCGGACGUCUGAGCCGCCACUUCAUCAGACUUUACAUUAGCGAGACAGGACGUUUGUGUCGCCCUGUGAAGGCUGAUGUGGUCCUUCCGUGAGGUAAAGUGAUGUUAACCGUCACACGGAGUGUUACUGUGUGUAACUCUGUGAAGAUGGAGUCCUGAACAAUGGAUGUUCCUCUCCUGGCUGAUGAAAGCUUGAGUCACAGUGAGCAGAGGCAGGAAGUCGUAGUUUAUUCAUGUUUUAUUUACCACUGCAUCCCGGAAUUUGUUCAUGUGCUCUGGCUUUAUGGGUGGGGGGUUGCUCAUGGUUAGCUCUUCCCUGCUGUGACAGACCAUUAUAAAGGCAGUAGGUGCUUAAGGGACUGUUCUGUACUUACCGGGGGACGGUUUUUUCUUUUUUAUGUCCCUCCCAGAAGCCUUAUAUAUUAUGUUUUGAGCCUCCCUGAGUGACACAACAACCACUGAGAGAUAUAAAAUGACAAAAAAGGCACAACAUUACAUCCAAGAGGCACAAAAUGGCUACAAAGAGGUGCAAAGCUAUGGCAAACAUUAAGCUAAACAACUGUCAAAGCAUGUUUGUCCCGCUCCUUUGUAGGACAGGUGAAGGGGCCUUUUGCAUAUCUCACCCAGGGGCCCACAAUCUGCUUAUACGCCCCUGCUGGUUAGUUCCUGCAAAAGGUUUCUGAUGGUGACUUUGAUGAAAUAUUACUAUUUAAAGCACAGAUUUGGUUGUAGAAAUUUAAAAUUCCAAUGAUAAUUUCUGUUUUCACAGCUUCUGGUUAUGAUAAAUGGUGUAAUCUUGGAGAUUUGUUAAAGAACACCUGCCUUCCAGAGGCCUGUUUUCUAUAAAAAAGAAAUCAGUGGUAGAGUAAAUGCAAAAUGCAGCCAUUGAAAUCUGUGUGCCCUCUAAGCCAACCUUUUUUUUCACCAUGCCCCUCCCCUCAUAAAUAAGGAACAGUCCCUUAGUUGUCCAUUUUGUUUACAGUCUAGUGCUGGGUGUAAAUAGCUGCUCUGCUGAGAAAAGAAAGGAAGUGCCCCCUCCUCAUCCUCAUGUCAUUUCACGUUGUUCAGUGUGUCGUCCUUUAACUGCUCAUUUCACUGGUUCACUCAACCUCAGCCAGACUAAUCAGUGACAUGAGCCUCAGAAAAGCUGGUUUAUAUUUAAAAAGGACACCACACUGCGUCUCUGUCAGCAGCUCCACAUUUCUCUUCCAGAUUUUUUUUUUUUUUUCGAAGGGAAACAUGGACAUCAAACAUGUGGAGGAGAAGUGGGGGCCUGGGAAAGAAGAGAAAACACGCCCUUUCCCACAGGGCUUUGGGUGAUGUGUAACUGUUUGUUUGUAACGUUUGGGGGAAAAGGUCGGCCGUCACAUGACAACACUUGUGGUGCUUUCACCUUUUUGGAAUUCCGACGGGGAGUUCUGUUUGGGUUUUUUUUGUAUUUGUUUCUUCUCUGUGUAAAGAAAAAUCACCACGACUGCUUCGUAACGAAGUCUCUGAUAAUGUUCCUGAGUAUUCAGGGCCUUUUUUGUUGUUGUUGUUGUCUUAAUAAACUCCUUUUUGUUUUUCCAAAC